AUGGCGGAGCAAGCAGCAUCUCAGCCUAGUGAUAGCACUACUGUGCCGGGAGCUGUUACAUCUGCUUCAUCGACCAUGUCGGGGGUCAUGGCUCCUGCUCCUUCCGUUGGGAUCUCUUCCAAUCGGGCACCAAAUUCCUUUAUCCCUACUCCUCUAAUCAUUCCGCACUCUGGUGUCCAGCCCAGUCCUCCUAUUGCUCCUGCACCUCUGAUGACUCCAUACUCUGGUGUCCAUAUGAUGCUGGGACAGGUUGGGCAAGGGCAUCCUCAGACAGUCACAGCCUUCCCUAGCAUUAACUCCUUGUUGUUGGCAUUACUGCCACUCUGA